AUGUCUACAACAUCUCUGCUUCGAAAACUGCAGAAAGAAUACCCGCUGGCGUCUCGAGAAGUGCUACUGGAUAUUCUCGUGUCUUGUAAUGGAGAUGUCGAUUCUGCGAAAGAGCUUUUGGGACAGUCACAGACACCUACCAAAGAUACCACAAGUACUCGUCCUAUAGAUAGUCCCAAAAGACAGGCUUCCAUAGCCAUUUUUGGUGUCAAAAAGAGGAAGAAAGAAAGUGAAGCGAAUACAACUUGUUCAUCGUCUCCAAACACCCUGAAACCCCUCACAUUAUAUACCCCUGAAGAUAUCGAGGCUGCCUUACCGUGCAGUUUGAUCUACAAUGUGUUGGAAAAGGCAGAAGCUGAAAAUCUACUAGACCAGCUUAUGGAGGAUCACAAUAGCUGGAAAGAAAAAACCAAGUUCUACCUAUUUGACAAACUGUGUGAAACCCCCCACAAGUCUGCCUUUUACACUAAAGACAUGUCCGUGUACUCGCAACACACUUAUCGAUACAAUGGAAAGCCUGUCGACACUUCCAGAAAGUACAGCAAGGCCAUGGAGGCGUGUUCAGAUCGAAUUCAGGAGCUAGUACGCAGUACAAACAAGGAAGGGACCGCAGAGUGGCUUAGUGACGCGUGUAUUGCCAACUAUUAUGCUGACGAGUCUCAAUCUGUGGGGUUUCAUAGUGAUCAAUUGACGUAUAUAGGGCCGCGUCCUGUCAUUGCCGCGUUAACUCUGGGAUCCGAGCGCAUCUUCAGACUAAAAGGGGCUUGUCCGGAUGGGGAUAGACGGACCUACAACAUUCUGUUACCGCAUAAUUCUCUCAUGAUCAUGCAUGCCGGGUGCCAGGAGGCCUACAAACAUAGUAUCAUUCCCGUUCAAGCCAAACAGAUUGGAUUACAUGAGAGGGCAGGCAAGGUGCGUUUCUCUCUCACGUUUCGACACUACAAGAAGGAGUUUACGCCCAACAAGAUUCCACAAUGCAAGUGCGGAGAGCCGAUGAUUCUGAAGCCGGUGUUCAAGAAAGCUGCUGGACAGAAAAGCGGGUACUUUUGGACCUGUGGCCAGACAUACCAGGGCAAGGGAUGUGGAGAUUUUGUGUGGUAUGACAAACCCAUUAGGUGA